GCUGUGUCACUUGAGCAGGCAACAUGUCCUAGUUGAGUUAGAUAUAGAUGGCCUUCCAGUACUUAGUACGUUAUCGUGUCAAAAAGUCAAGUGGGGCCCGAGAGCAAGGAUCCGGUGCAACAUGGCCUCGAAAGGUUAUCGUGUGGAUGGGAUGCCCUGACUGCGAGCGCUCAAGGAAAUUGAUGUACGAAAAUGCUCGAUUGGGGCACUGGGUGAUUUCUUCGAGGGGUCGAAGUGCUCUCAGGCAACCAAAGUUUCCCAAUUUCCUUUUUUGUCUUGCGCUGAUUACAGAUUUGGUUCAUCAGUGACGCCACAACCCGCAAGUAUACUCUAUAAUUCUUGGCCGUCGGAUGCGUUUUGUCUAUGUCUAUGCAAGCCGAUAACGGAAGUAUGACCGGCUGCCACAACGAAAAUGCAUAAAAGGUGGGGCAAAUUCAUUCUCUUUAAUCAUUCAACCUACCAACUCUCUUCCAAGAACUACUACUGCCUACUACUAGCAAUGCGUGCUUCUACUAGCUCUACUGUCUGCAUGUCUUCCAAGACUGCAUUCUCAUCCGAACAGUCAUCAUCAUCCAACUCGCAUCACUGCACGCGCCACUCUCAUCCCACACCCGUAUCAAUGCGCAUUUCAUCUGAUGAUGACUCUUGCAUGGACUUCAAUGCACCUCAGUGUUGCCACUGUGGCUGGCGCGGAUCUCACUCGCCUAGCUGUCCCUUCCGCUGAGCACACACAAUGAUUACGUUUUUUUUACUAUAUUUAUUCCCUUUGCUCACAAUUGUCUCAUCAUCGAUCAUCCAUCCAUGUUGUCAUUGGACUCUUUAUCGCAUUGUAUCAACAUACAUCUACACCCCGUGCAUAAACGCACAUUAGUCAUCGAGGUCUCAUCGCAGUUGUAGGAUCACGGGAGGAGGGAGGAGGUUGUGCAGAGUCGUUGUGCGGAUUCCUCGGGGCGGCAGGAUAUUUUAGCCUCACAAUUUUGCCG